GCGAGCUCCACUAUGGAUCUCUUCUACGAUCCGCAGGUGACAGCGCUGCCACCCUCCGAGCUUUGGCGUGGAGCUCCGCAGGUGACGGCAAUGUUGCAGCAACGCGUUGUGCCCAAGCCAAAGCAGAAGCAAAAGUGCGGCAUACUACCAAUGGUCGCAUCCGCUCACGCGGGAUACGGAUGGCUAGCAGAGCAUGGAUCUAGGAGCCAGCCUCCGGAGUGGCAUGGAACAAAAAAGACUGCGCAGUUGGGCUCGCCAGAGUUAAGAGGGAUGUAA